AGUCCGUAACACACCACAGCGGUGGGCACACGUGGCGUUUUGAUAACGAUUAAUUAUCAAAAUUAAAUGAUAAAGCUGUCAGUGUGUGCUUAAUUGUGCAUCAAGAUGUCACGUCUUCUGCUUAUCGUCUUGCCGCUGCUAGUGCUGGCGUCCAUACCAUUGUACCUCCUCGUUCUGAAGAGUCCACCGCCGAUGCCUAAGCUAGACCUGGAGGAGUGGUGGGGACCGCCCGAACUUAAGCAGAAACAGGAUACCAGCAUCAAACCCUUCGAGAUCACUUUCAGUGAGACGAUGGUAAAAGAACUAAAAGAACGCAUCAAGAAACGAAGACCUUUCGCCCCUCCAUUGGAGGGUGUUGGCUUCAAAUACGGGUUCAAUUCGAAACAAUUGGACAGUUGGCUCAAAUAUUGGGCAGAAGAAUACCCAUUCGCUGAAAGGCAGAAGUUCCUUAACCAAUAUCCUCAUUUCAAGACUAAUAUCCAGGGUUUGAAUAUUCACUUCAUGAGGAUUACUCCAAAGGUCCCUAAAGGUGUUGAAAUAGUACCACUGCUGUUACUCCACGGAUGGCCGGGCUCCGUCAGGGAGUUCUACGAAGCCAUUCCUCAUCUCACAGCUGUCAGCAAAGAUAGGAACUUCGCUCUGGAAAUUAUCGCUCCAAGUUUACCUGGUUAUGGCUUUUCCGACGCGGCGGUACGUCCCGGCCUCGCUGCUGCUGAAGUCGCAGUCAUUUUCAAAAACCUGAUGGCCAGACUUGGUUACAAGCAGUACUACGUCCAAGGAGGUGAUUGGGGAGCUCUCAUCGGUAGCGCUAUGGCUACUUUCUUCCCUAAGGAAAUAAUCGGCUUCCACUCCAACAUGGCGCUCACUCUUAGUCCAGCGGCGACGUUCCUUGAGUUUGUCGGUGCCUUAUUCCCAUCUCUGAUAGUCGAACCAGAACUAGCUAACAGACUUUAUCCACUAUCGGAGAAAUACUCAACCCUUCUCGAGGAAUUGGGCUACAUGCAUAUUCAAGCCACGAAGCCUGAUACUGUUGGAAUUGGAUUAACAGACUCCCCGGCCGGUCUCCUCGCCUAUAUCCUGGAAAAGUUUUCCACUUGGACCAACCCCGACUUACGCAGUAAAGAAGACGGAGGUCUCUCCUACCGGUGGACAAAAGAUCAGCUGAUCGAUAAUCUCAUGCUAUACUGGAGCACGAAGUCAAUAGUCACUUCAAUGAGACUUUAUGCUGAGUCUUUCAGUUCUAGGCACUUGAAUUUAAAACUAGAUGAGAUUCAAGUACAAGUCCCAACAUGGGUGCUCCAGGCGAAAUACGAGUUAGCCUACCAGCCGCCCUGCAUCCUCAAACUGAAGUACCCGAAACUGGUCAAUGCCAGUGUCAUUGAAGACGGAGGACAUUUCCUUGCCUUUGAACUACCGGAGAUCUUCGCCAAGGACGUCCUGAAGGCAAUCGGCGAGUUCAGAAAACUCAAGAACGUGAAGACUGAGUUGUGA